AUGGAAGAAUUUGUGGAUCUGGAUGCUAUUCACAUCUUUCUAACUCAGAAUCCUAUUCCCACUCUUCUUGCUGAUACUUACUACUUCAUCCAUGUGAGGACCCAAAAGAAGAAAGGAACCAUCGUCUGUUAUACUCCUUUGCUGUAUAGAUGGUUUAUUUCGCAUCUACCCAGCAAAGGCCCUUUUAUUGAAAACAAAGACAACUUGAAAUGGUCCCAGCGGAUCAUGUCCUUGAAUGCCAAAGACAUCUCUUGGUAUUCUCGAAUCUACGACAUCGUCAAGCUCAUCCUCAACUGUGGUAAUUUUCCUAAUGUACCUCUUCUUGGUAUGAAAGGGGGAAUCAAUUACAAUCCUAGGUUGGCAUUACGACGUUUGGGAUACCCCAUGGUAGACAAGCCUGAUCUCAAGAGUGUAGAAGGUUCUGCCUUGUAUGAAGGGGUUGAAGAUCCAGAGUUAGUCAAGAAGAUCGUCAAGGUGUGGGGAGUAAUUUUUCCUCAAGGGAGAGAAGAAAUAGGUAAGAAGAAUUGCAUUUCCAAGGAAGCUUACACCAAAUGGGUAAAAGACAGGGUUAGUGAGAUUUUGUGGCCAUUUUCGCUUGAACCAUCCAUGAGCAUCAAGCCUCUUGAAGCAGUAAUCCAUCAAACUUCGAAAGUCGAUGAAUUGAAAAGAGUUAUCAAGGCCCUAGAGAAAGAGAAUGUUGAUCUCAAAUCUAGGUUGUGUAAGAUCUCCUUGGAGAAAGAAACUUUGAAGUUCAAUUUGAAUCAGAAAAGAGAUAAGGUGCAUCAAGCAGAUGACGAGGUGCAAACAGAGUUUGAUAGUGAAGAAAAAAUAGUUAGCCAGACUCAGUACCAGGCUUGUAAAGCGGAGCUUAGUUAUAGAGAACAUACCAAGAAGCUCCGAGAUAUGCUAGAAGCUUGCAAGAAAGAGCUGGAGGAUGAGCAAAUCCGCACCAAGCAUCUAGAAGUCAUUCUUCUCCAGAAUCAGUAUGAGAUAAACCAGAUACUUGAGGAGAUCUAUGAGCUAAAAGCUUAA